AUGAGUUAUUAUUUAUUUGAUGGCAUUUAUCCUGAAUGGGCCACAUUUGUGAAAAGCACCCCGAUGCCACAAGGAGGAAAGAUAAAAUUGUUUGCCCAACAUCAAGAAGGCGCAAGGAAGGAUAUCGAACGAGCAUUUGUAGUUCUCCAAUCCCGAUUUGCAAUCAUACGUAACCUGACUCGAUCUUGGCAUCUAGAUUCACUGAAGCGCAUAAUGAAUACGUGCAUCAUAUUACACAACAUGAUUGUUGAAGAUGAGCGUGCUACAUAUGGUGUCAAUUUUGAUUAUUCUUAUGAUCAUCUUGGCAAUGACCCAAUUGCACCAUCAAACGAUUCUAAUAUUGAUUUUCGCGAGUUCCUACGUAGAAGACACCAUGUUCAAGAUAAGCAAAUUCAUCGACACCUUCAACAAGAUUUGAUAGAACAUAUAUGGGAACGUUUUGGGCAUGAGAAUAACCGCAACUAA